GUUUAGAGCCUAGAAAAGCUUCGAACGUAGGAGGAAGACGCUUGAUCGAUCAAGAUCAAAAUUCUGAUAACCUGGCAGGAUAAUUCCUUACAGUAGGGUUAUAAGCAUGGGGAGUUACUCCGGGGAGCUCACCGGGGCGGUCGGGCUUGUCAGCAACACAGGCGGGCUCAGGGGGAAAGAUCAAGUGGAAGGAGCAGUUGAUGGGUAUGAGAAGUACCACAGCCUCCAUGGGGGCGAUGUGGCUGCCAGGAAGGCGUCUUACGCUGACAUGGUGAACCGAUACUAUGAUCUGGCCACCAGUUUCUACGAAUAUGGAUGGGGGGAGUCCUUCCACUUUGCCCACAGAGUGCGCAAUGAGACACUGCGCGACAGCAUCCGGCGCCAUGAGCACUUUUUGGCUCUCAAGCUGGGCUUGAAGCCAGGCGACAAGGUGCUGGACGUGGGUUGCGGCAUCGGGGGCCCGCUGCGGGAGAUUGCCAUCUUCAGUGGGGCAUCCAUCACAGGCUUGAACAACAAUGCAUACCAGAUUACCCGAGGGGAGGCGUUGAACCACUACUUUGGCCUAGACAAGACAUGCAACUUUCUCAAAGCAGACUUCAUGAAGAUCCCCCAGCCGGACAACACGUAUGACGCCGUCUAUGAGAUUGAGGCAACCUGCCAUGCGCCUGAGCCGGUGAACUGCUACCGGGAGCUGUUGCGCGUCCUCAAGCCAGGGGGCUGCUUUGCCGGGUACGAGUGGUGCAUGACCGCCAGCUUUGAUGCCGACAAUGCUGAGCACCGCCGGAUCAAGUCGGAGAUUGAGAUUGGCAAUGGGCUGCCUGACCUGCAAACUGUGGCACAGUGCCGCAGAGCGCUGGUGGAAGCAGGCUUCGAGGUGCUUGACGCGGCGGACCUGACCCUGACUGCGGAGGUGCCGUGGUGGCAGCCGCUGGGCCCCGCGCUGUGGGAGUUGCGCACCCCGCAGGACUUCGCCCGCCACUGGAUGGGCCGCUUCCUCACUCGCAACGCCGUCAAGCUGCUGGAGAAGGUCCGCAUUGCGCCGGGCGGCAGCGUGCGCGUGCAGGAGUUCCUCGAGAAGGGCGCGGACGGCCUGCUCGAGGGCGGCCGGAAAGAGCUCUUCACCCCCAUGUACUUCUUCGUAGCUCGCAAGCCCCUACAAAGCAAGCUUCGGUGACAGAAACGUUGACUGGUGUUGCCUUGCUUGUGAUCUUUGCCGAGCCUUGGAAGAGCCAAGUCUAACGGCUGGUUAAGAUCUUGUCAGAAAUUGUUUUGAGGAAAGAAGUCACUCGUGUACGUGUUGAAAUCCAUGCACAUUCUAAGUUUGAGACGGUAUACUGUACAAGUCUGCAGCAGCCUCUUGAAAAUGUCAGUGUCACUGCAGGUGAUAUGAUACGGUUGCUAAGAUUCCGGUUCAUGUUACCGAAGGUAACUUGCAUCAGAGCUC